AUGGAGAGUGCCAGGAUUCUACUAGACAAUGGUGCUGAACUGGAUGUGGAGGAUGAGAUCGGCUACACGCCCCUGAUGAGUGCAUGUCGACACAAGAAUAUUGUUGUUGCCCGUUUCCUCAUCCGGCAAGGAGCCAACAUCAACAAGACUACUGUCAAUGGUGUUUCUCCUCUUGCUCUUGCGAUAGGCCAUGAUUUGACAUCCCUUGUCCGUGAGCUGGUCCUAGCAGAUGUAAAAAACAUCAACACACCCGUGUUUGGACAUUUCAGCAACAUGUUAGAGCUGGCGCUGUGUCUUGAGUCGAACCCAGCAAUCUGUGAUAUCCUGCAUGCUGCCGGCACCUACCUCCGACACACGUUCUCCGAAGUGUCCCCGGAACUGUGUCCUCAGGAUUACUUGAACAUCCCCCAUUGUCUCGGUGUCUACAAGCCCUAUGUUUCACUCAGUCUCAAUGGGAUGUCGUGGGCCGAGUUCCUCGCUGAGCUCAACAUGAAACUGGACAUUGAUAAAUACAGAAGUCCACUUUCACUGCAGCUGCGAUGUGGCCAGUUCCUCAGGUGGCAUUUCAGUAAUGAUUGUCGGGAGAUCCGUCGGCUGCCUCUGCCAGAGACCAUUAUUAAUGGAGUGCUGUUACUGGCAUGAUGUUGUCACACUUGUAGCCAGGGCCUGCCAAGCGCACAAAUACACCUAAGCUGGACAAUGUCUACCACACACAUCACAGUGGUCUCUUUAAGUGCGGAAUUGGUUUAAAGGGAAUCCUCUUUAUAGGGAGGUACGGGUGUCCCGUGGUUGUUUCCUAGAUAUAGGGUGGAACAGGUGCUUUGUGAUUGUUGUCAUCUCCUUAUGAUCAGGAGGUAAAUGUUGGCCUGUGGUCUUCUCCUUAUGAUCAGGAGGUAAAUGUGGGCCUGUGGUCAUCUCCUUAUGAUCAGGAGUUAAAUGUGGGCCUGUGGUCAUCUCCUUAUGAUCAGGAGGUAAAUGGGGGCCUAUGGUCAUCUCCUUAUGAUCAGGAGGUAAAUGUGGGCCUGUGGUCAUCUCCUUAUGAUCAGGAAGUAAAUGUGGGCCUGUGGUCAUCUCCUUAUGAUCAGGAAGAGGUAAAUGUGGCCCUGUUAAUAUGGCCUUGUAAUCCUACAUUCAGGAGUCAGUGUCAGCCAAUGGUUGCCUACUUUGGUUAUCUCAGCCAGAUAUGAUUUUGAAUUGACAUUGAGCCAAUGAUAAUAGGAAUUAGUUAUGUUCACACAGAAAGAACCCUUCCAUAGAAAUAUCAUGAUACAUUUUUACAACUUAAUAUAAAACAGUUGUUAGUUGUGUGUCUACGAUGGUAAUGGUCUACAAGACUAAACCAACCAUACGUGUGUGUGUCUAUAUGUGUGUGUGUGUUGGAUUAGGGGCGGUGGGGUAGCCU